AUGAUACAAGUAGAAUUGAGAGCGUUCAUUCAACUAAACAUGAUCAAUAUGAAUCCUCUUCAACUGAUCUCUGUUUUUCUACUUUUCUCGCCUCUAUUCUCAGCCGCUCUACAUGCCAAACCCGGUUGCCUUGAUCGGUGUGGAGAUUUACUGAUUCCGUAUCCGUUCGGAGUCGGCCAAAAAUGCAGCCUCAACCCAUAUUUUAACAUUAAAUGCGAUACAACCACUUACCCUCCAAGAGCUUACCUCUCUAUUAUGAAGAAAGAAGUGAUUGAAUUCAAUCAAACUUACAUUCGCCUCAAAAAUCCAUACAUGAUUUCUGCUUGCUAUGAUUUGUCUGCAGGCAGCACAGGCAAUCAACAUAGUAUGAGUGUCAACUUGUCGGGAACUCCCUAUAGGUUUUCGAAUGUAAACGUGCUCACCGCCAUCGGGUGUGAUGACAUGGUGCUGCUAUCGGAUGAAAGUUCCUAUAUUGGUGGCUGCUCGGCGUUUUGCACCGUCGAGAAUGAUACGAGCGGCAUCGGGAAUUGCCAAUUUAAUGGUUGCUGCCAUGAAAGAUUUUCCGGAUACAACAGUUUUGUAGCAGCGGAAUUAAUUGACUUGAGCAGACAAUCUCUACGUGAAAAGCUUUUCCCGUGCAGCUAUGCCUUUAUCCAAGAGGAGGAAAAUCAUGAUGAAACUGAAUUAACCGUAUUUUCAUAUCCUUUGUACUACCUGAAUAACUUAACAGCAUUGCUAAAUGAUAAUUGGGCAUCAGCAUCAAGGCCACCAGUAGUGAGCUUGGACUGGGUUGCUGGUACCGGGAACUGCAGCCGAGCUAAGACUUCUGUAGCUUAUGCAUGUCGAGACGACAAGAGUGUUUGUGUUGAUUAUGAUGAUUACAGUGAUACGGGAUACACAUGUAGCUGCGUUCAAGGCUACGACGGAAAUCCUUACUUACCGGGUGGAUGCCAAACAAUUUCUAGUUCAAUUGCCAAAUUUGGAUGCUUAGAUCAAUGUGGGGAAGUAUCGAUUCCAUUUCCAUUUGGUAUGGGCCCGAAUUGCUACUUGGAGCCAGCUUUCGAAGUUGUUUGCAACACGGCCACCAACCCUGCUAAACCCUUCCUCCGUCACUUAAACAGUGAAAUCGUCGAGCUGAACUCAUCAAAAAUUGUGGUCAACUAUAUGUACCUAGCUUCAACUUGCUACAACAAUGGAGCUGGAAUUACCAAGCCAGAGGAGCGAAGAUUGACAGUUGACUUGUUGAAAACGCAAUAUAGAUUAUCAGAUGAAAACUGGAUCAGCGCCAUUGGCUGCGAGGAUAUGGUUGUCGCGGUUAUUGGAUCAGACAAACAAAGUAUUAUUCGCAGCAGCUGUGCAACGAUGUGCCCCGGUAGUUGGAUUGACAGGGGUGUGAUUGGAGCACAAUGCAAUUAUGGAACUACAGCUUUUGGUUGUUGUAGAGUACCAAUUCCAAGAGGUACGAGUUACCUUGAAGCAAAUUUGACCGAUCUUUUUGGACGACGGACAUAUAGCAAUGUUGCAUGCAGCUAUGCCUUUGUUCGAUAUAUUAAAGAAAUAGAUGCAGACCGUCAUUCUCCUACCAGUGCUUUUAUUUCGUAUUCGUUUAUAAAUAACUCAACGCGGAUCACACCUGAUCGUCUGUUGACGAAAAAGCCGAGCAUGGCAUUGGAUUGGAGGAUUGGAGCGGUGAAUUGCAAAGAAGCACAGCAGGAUCUGGCGAAGUACGCAUGUCGAAAUAACACUGAUUGUGUCGAUUUUGAUUCUACGCUUGGAGGGUACCUCUGCAAUUGCUCCAAGGGACACAAAGGCAAUCCUUACCUCAGUCCAGGAUGUGAAGAUAUUGAUGAAUGCAUUGAUAAUAUGACUAAUACAUGCGUCUCAAGUUCCACUUGCAUAAAUGAUCCUGGUGGCUUUCACUGCUCAUGUCCAAAAGGGUAUAUCGGUGAUGGGAAGAAAGACGGCACAGGUUGCAUUCAGAAGCCGCCAUCCAAAACCAAGAUGAUUAUCUUGAUAGGUACAAGCUCUGGCUUGGGGUUUUCGCUUCUAAUCUCACUGUUCUUUUGGUUGCACAAAGUGUUGCAAAAAAGAAGAGAAAAAAUGAGAAAAGAAAAAUUGUUCAAACGAAAUGGUGGUCUUCUCUUGCGAAAACAAACAAAUGAAGGAGAACUUGGAAAAACAAAAGUUUUUACGGCAAAGGAGUUGGAGGUAGCUACAGAUCACUUUAAUGAAAAUAGAAUUAUUGGACGAGGAGGGCAAGGCACUGUCUACAAAGGAAUAUUAUAUGACGGAAUGAUUGUAGCGAUAAAAAAAUUGAAAUUGGUUGAGGAGCAUCAAUUGGAACAGUUUAUAAAUGAGGUAGUGAUAUUAUCCCAAAUCAAUCACAGGAAUGUAGUCAAACUACUAGGGUGUUGUUUGGAGACUGAGGUCCCUCUACUUGUUUACGAAUUCAUGCCAAAUGGGACACUUUUCGAUCUACUUCAUGGUUCGAGCAAUGAAUUUCCAUGUACAUGGAACAUGCGUUUGAAAAUGGCAGCAGAUAUAGCAGGGGCACUAGCGUACUUACAUCAUGCAGCUUCCGUGCCUAUCUAUCACAGGGACAUCAAGUCUAGUAAUAUCCUUCUAGAUGAAAAAUAUGUUGUUAGAGUAUCUGAUUUUGGAACUUCAAGGUCAGUUUCUACAAAUCAGACUCACCUAACUACUCUGGUUAAAGGGACCUUUGGAUAUUUAGAUCCAGAGUACUUCCAAUCGAGUCAAUUUACAGAAAAGAGCGAUGUUUAUAGUUUCGGGGUAGUUCUUGUCGAGCUUCUCACUGGGCAAAGGCCAAUAUCUCUUGAUAAAACAGAAGAGGAAAGAGGCUUAGCGGCACGGUUCCUUGCAUGCAUGGAAGGAAAAUGCGUGGACACAAUUUUAGAUCCUCAAGUUCGGGAGAACGGAAGAGAGGAUGAGGUGACUCUAGUUGCUGAGCUUGCACAUAGAUGUUUGAACUUGAAAGGUAGAAUGAGACCAAGUAUGCAAGAAGUUGCUACUGAACUGGAAAGUUUAAUGAUGUGUGGUAUGUCGAGUGGUGUUAACGUUAAAUCAGAAGAUGUCAGAUCUUUCAACGAUAUGCCCACGAUGAUUUCGGACAUUGAAUACACAUGGCCUAUGAGUUAUAAAAAUGCUUCAACAUCAUUAUCAGACACGCUUCCUUUAGUAUUAUUCGACAGUGCGCCAUAAUACAGAACUGUUUAUGGUGGACUCGAACUCGUGGCACUCUCUUUACUCUUUUAGGUGAGAGGAUGGUCAAGACAUGGUUGCGAUCUCAGGAAUUGAAGCUCCGAAGAUUGAAGACACGCGUACGGUUCAAUUCGUACUUGACAUUUUGUUGUAUUUUCGUUCUCGGUUUAAUUUUUAUUUGUGUAAUGAAAGUAUUCGAAUUGACACACAAAUUUGAACCAUCUUAUGGUGUGGAUAAACAGAAAAAGUUUAACAAGCACAA